AGUUGUUUGUUAAUUCUUGUUUGAUCAUCGUCUGGUCUGUACCUGUGCUAAACGCCGACCACAUUGCAUUGCCGCCGAAGCUGUCGCCGUUGUUCCACUGGUCACGCACUUCAAUUUCGCGGAUCCCGCCGUGCGGUUGAUUUGUAUUUCCUGACGCUGAGCACUGAUUUCCUGUAGUUUCAUUCGCCGCAAACCUUCAUUAUGUCUUCCAGAGGAAAAGAAGUUGUUGAAAACAACAUAGAAUCUGGUUCUGAUGCCGAAGAGCAAGAAGAGGAAUAUUCUGUAGAAAAAAUCUUAGAUAAACGGACUAGAAAUAACAAGGUGGAAUACUUUCUUAAGUGGAAUGGUUACGAUGAUGUAGAUAAUACUUGGGAGCCUGAAGAAAACCUUGAUUGUGAAGAGUUAAUUAGAGACUUUGAGGAAAAACUGAAACAAAAAGAACUUAAGGAGAAGGAGAAGAAAAAAAAGGAUCAACCUGAGCGUGGCCGUAAACGUACACUUUCCAGUUCGACAGUUACCAGUUGUGCAUCAUCAGAAGCUGGACCGUCUGGUGGUCCAUCCGGUUCAUCAAAAGAACUUAGGAAGACUUCUUCUCCUCAACCAAAGAAAAGGGCUGAAAAGAUUGAUAAGUCCGACAAGUCUGACCUGACUGAAAAUGAUGAUGAUGAUGAAGAUGAUGAGGACGACGAUGAUGAUGAUGAUGAUGACGAUGAUUGUGUCAGUGUGUCAGAAGAAAAGGAAAAUAAUGAUGUUUCUGGAGCUUCUUCAGCGGAGAAAGUGGCAGAAAAAAUUAUUGGUGCGACAGAUUCCAGUGGCUCUUUAAUGUUUUUAUUGAAAUGGAAGGGGAUAGAAGAAGCGGAUUUAAUAUCAGCUCAGGAGGCUAAUUUAAUGUGCCCCCAAGUUGUUAUCAAGUUCUAUGAAGAAAGACUAACAUGGCAUGCCCCUGAAAAUAAAAAUGGUGUUUAACUAAUUAUAAUAUGGAUAAGGAUGACAAGUGUUCAAAAAAGAACUUUUAUAUUAUAUCAAAUCCUAUUGUAAAUGUUUUAAUUAUUUUAUUUUUUGAUUAUAUGUGGCAGUUAUGCCUUACAAAUUAAAAUAUCAGUUUAUCAAUUAUAAAAUACUUUAAUGUUAGUAACUAAAUAUAAUUUCAUAAAGCGGAAUUUUUUUUUCUAUUUCAGAGUGGUAAAAUGUAUUAAUAGUUAUCUUAAAAUAUGUUUUUAUCCGUUUAUUUUAAUAAUUAACUUAUUAAUUUUGAAAUUUUUCAUUAUUUAUUUGUUUAAAUUAUUUUGUAAUAGUGGAAUAUUUGAUCGUAGUGGCAAAAAUAAUAUGUUAAUUUAAGUUAA